AGAGAGAGAUUACCCUUUAAUUCUGGCGAAACGAGGAGCGACCUCUGUCUGUCCGUCAAUCAGUCCAUCCCCGACUUACUUAAUUGACUGCAAACCGCAAAAAAAAAGAAACAAAAAACAACUCCCAUUUCCUCCUUUCGUGGAAAGAGAGGUAAAAACCCUCUCUCUCUCUCUCGGGGUCGCAAAUCAUAUCAUAGUCCGAGAACACGCAUCAACGCAAAAUCUCCUCCCCCAGAAAGAGCCGCUGUCGUCGGCUCCAGAUCUGCGCCAUCCCCAGUCCAGCCCGCCCCCUCCACGUCUCACUUCUCUCUUCUUCUUCUUCUGCUGCUUCUAGUUCUUGCUCUGGUAGUACCAUUCGGUUUUGUUGUUAUCGCUACCGACAGUGACUGUUCGUUACAGAGCCAGUAGAGAAUGGUGGAGUCGGAGCAGCGGCGGAAGCGGAAGCUCCGCGCCUCCUCCGCCAAGACGCUGUACCACUCGGCCGCCCAGCUGUUCUCCCUCAGAUCCCUCGUCCUCUGCCUCUCCUUCUUCGUCUUCCUCCUCUUCCUGUCCUCCGACCGCAGCCUCAGCGCCGUCUCCACCGCCUCCUUCCGCCCCGUCCUCAGCGCCUCCACCACCCUGUCCCUCCUCUCCUCUUCCGCCAGCCACUCCGUCCUCGACACCCUCCACCGCCGCCGCCCUCUCUCGUCGGCGCCCCGGGUCGAGGGUCGGGUCCUGUUCCCCGACCACGUGCUGCUCCUCGUGUCCGGCGGAGUCGGACGGCGCGGCGAGGACCUGGAGUGCGUGUACCGCGCUCUGGCUUCGAAUGGCUCCGAUCGGCGCGCCGAGGCUGCGAUGUCCGUCGAUGUCUACAGUGAGCAUAGGUCCAUCGUCAGGUGCCCGCUACCGCCGGCGAAUUUCUCGGCUGCCGGGGUGGAUUUGCGCAGGCGCGGCGGCGGUCCGGCGGACGGCGGGAAGCGUGCGCGGUCCAAUCGGACGGCGGCGGCAGUGCGGGCGUGGGACAGGGUGGUGUAUGAGGCCGAGCUGGACGGAGAGACUGCGGUGGUGUUCGUGAAGGGGCUGAAUCUGAGGCCGCACAGGAGAUCCAACCCGGCGCAAUUCAGCUGCCACUUCGGGCGGGGAAGCCGGGACAAGGACGAGACUUUCGUGCUGACGACGAAGGCGGUCUCGGCGGCGCAGGAGGUGAUCAGGUGCCCGCUGCCGCAGAGCAUUCGGAGCAACCCGAUCAAAGCGCAGGGGGUUCGGGUCACGAUCGGGUUGCCCUCCAACUUGCACACGCGCGGCAGGUCCUCGGUUCACGUCCCCAUGCCUUCCGUGGCCAGGAUUUACAGUUCCAACGGGAAUGGUGAGGAAGCGGGGAGGAAGAAGACGAUGAAGAAGCACGAGCUCUGCGCUUGUACCAUGGUCUGGAACCAGGCGGCAUCGUUGCGGGAGUGGAUAAUGUACCACGCCUGGCUCGGCAUCGAGCGCUGGUUCAUCUACGACAACAACAGCGACGACGCCAUCAAGGAAGUGAUCGAAGAGCUUGACUCUCAGAACUACAAUGUGAGCAGGCAGAGCUGGCCGUGGAUAAAGACCCAAGAAGCCGGGUUCUCGCAUUGCGUGCUGAGGGCGAGGGAGGAGUGCAAUUGGGUGGGAUUCUUCGACGUCGACGAGUUCUUCUACUUCCCGUUCCCGAGCAAUCCCCGCAGGGGCCUCGGCAUCCCGGGCAAGGACACGCUGAGGACUAUGGUGGCCAACUUCUCGAGCUCGUCCUCGAUAAUCGCGGAGAUAAGGACGGUUUGCCAUAGCUUCGGGCCGUCGGGGUUGACCUCACCGCCCCCACGCGGAGUGAUGGUCGGGUACACCUGCAGGCUGCAGCACCCGGAGCGGCACAAGUCUAUCGUGCGGCCCGACGCGCUCGACCCGACCCUCCUCAACGAAGUGCACCAUUUCAGGUUGAAGGAAGGGUUCAGGUACUUGAACGUGCCGGAGAGCAGCGCGGUGAUCAACCACUACAAGUACCAGGUUUGGGAGACGUUUAGGACCAAGUUCUUCCGGAGGGUCGCCACGUAUGUCGCGGAUUGGCAGGAGGAUCAGAACAAGGGCUCUAAGGACAGGGCACCGGGGCUGGGGACCGAGGCCAUCGAGCCUCCCGACUGGAGAUUGCAGUUCUGUGAGGUUUGGGACACAGGGUUGAGAGACUUUGUUUUGGCUAGCUUUGCUCAUCCCGCAACCAGUGCGAUGCUGCCAUGGGAGAGGUCAUCUUCACCUUCAAGGUGACCAAAAGUACAGUCGAGUUUACAUAGAUUGUUUGCCUGCCUUUGUAAAACAGAGAGACACCAUACAGAGAACCAAUUCUUUUUUUGUGAAUCUUUUUUUUUUUUUUUUGGGGGACCCCGUCCUUUUGUAUCUGACCUUUCAUUCUUCUUGCCACGAUGUAAUGUUAGAGCAUAGAGAUCUCACACAGAUGUAAUAUUUUGACGACACGAAUUGAUUCUUUCGUUCUUAUGCUUA